AUGCGGCCGAGCUUGUGGUCCUGCCCCGGCAGCUUGUCAUCAUGCACGCACGGCAGGGCAGGGGUGGCAGGCAACAGGUGCAGCUACAGCAGCCCCUCGGAGGUCAAGGCAAAGAGGAAGCGGUCCUCACUCAUCCCAUCCCCCCACACCACAGCCCCCGCGCUCACUCACCAGCAGUGUGAUGCGGCCGAGCUUGUGGUCCUGCCCCAGCAGCUUGUCGUCGUGCAGGCGCGGCAGCAGGUCGAGGGUGACCUGGUAGGGGCCGCUCUUGUCCAUCAGAUCCGCCAGCGGGAACAGCGCCCACCCCAGAUCCAUGUCCUGCAUCACAUCGUCGUCCUCCACCUGAUGCAGGGGGGAGGAAAGAGAGGAAGCAGGUUUGCCAUCAGGUUUGCCAUCAGGUUUGCCAUCAGGUUUGCCAUCAGGUUUGCCAUCAGGUUUGCCAUCAGGUUUGCCAUCAGGUUUGCCAUCAGGUUUGCCAUCAGGUUUGCCAUCAGGUUUGCCAUCAGGUUUGCCAUCAGGUUUGCCAUCAGGUUUGCCAUCAGGUUUGCCAUCAGGUUUGCCAUCAGGUUUGCCAUCAGGUUUGCCAUCAGGUUUGCCAUCAGGUUUGCCAUCAGGUUUGCCAUCAGGUUUGCCAUCAGGUUUGCCAUCAGGUUUGCCAUCAGGUUUGCCAUCAGGUUUGCCAUCAGGUUUGCCAUCAGGUUUGCCAUCAGGUUUGCCAUCAGGUUUGCCAUCAGGUUUGCCAUCAGGUUUGCCAUCAGGUUUGCCAUCAGGUUUGCCAUCAGGUUUGCCAUCAGGUUUGCCAUCAGGUUUGCCAUCAGGUUUGCCAUCAGGUUUGCCAUCAGGUUUGCCAUCAGGUUUGCCAUCAGGUUUGCCAUCAGGUUUGCCAUCAGGUUUGCCAUCAGGUUUGCCAUCAGGUUUGCCAUCAGGUUUGCCAUCAGGUUUGCCAUCAGGUUUGCCAUCAGGUUUGCCAUCAGGUUUGCCAUCAGGUUUGCCAUCAGGUUUGCCAUCAGGUUUGCCAUCAGGUUUGCCAUCAGGUUUGCCAUCAGGUUUGCCAUCAGGUUUGCCAUCAGGUUUGCCAUCAGGUUUGCCAUCAGGUUUGCCAUCAGGUUUGCCAUCAGGUUUGCCAUCAGGUUUGCCAUCAGGUUUGCCAUCAGGUUUGCCAUCAGGUUUGCCAUCAGGUUUGCCAUCAGGUUUGCCAUCAGGUUUGCCAUCAGGUUUGCCAUCAGGUUUGCCAUCAGGUUUGCCAUCAGGUUUGCCAUCAGGUUUGCCAUCAGGUUUGCCAUCAGGUUUGCCAUCAGGUUUGCCAUCAGGUUUGCCAUCAGGUUUGCCAUCAGGUUUGCCAUCAGGUUUGCCAUCAGGUUUGCCAUCAGGUUUGCCAUCAGGUUUGCCAUCAGGUUUGCCAUCAGGUUUGCCAUCAGGUUUGCCAUCAGGUUUGCCAUCAGGUUUGCCAUCAGGUUUGCCAUCAGGUUUGCCAUCAGGUUUGCCAUCAGGUUUGCCAUCAGGUUUGCCAUCAGGUUUGCCAUCAGGUUUGCCAUCAGGUUUGCCAUCAGGUUUGCCAUCAGGUUUGCCAUCAGGUUUGCCAUCAGGUUUGCCAUCAGGUUCGCGCAUCAGGUUCGCGCAUCAGGUUUGCCAUCAGGUUUGCCAUCAGGUUUGCCAUCAGGUUUGCCAUCAGGUUUGCCAUCAGGUUUGCCAUCAGGUUUGCCAUCAGGUUUGCCAUCAGGUUUGCCAUCAGGUUCGCGCAUCAGGUUUGCCAUCAGGUUUGCCAUCAGGUUUGCCAUCAGGUUUGCCAUCAGGUUUGCCAUCAGGUUUGCCAUCAGGUUUGCCAUCAGGUUUGCCAUCAGGUUUGCCAUCAGGUUUGCCAUCAGGUUUGCCAUCAGGUUUGCCAUCAGGUUUGCCAUCAGGUUUGCCAUCAGGUUUGCCAUCAGGUUUGCCAUCAGGUUUGCCAUCAGGUUUGCCAUCAGGUUUGCCAUCAGGUUUGCCAUCAGGUUUGCCAUCAGGUUUGCCAUCAGGUUUGCCAUCAGGUUUGCCAUCAGGUUUGCCAUCAGGUUUGCCAUCAGGUUUGCCAUCAGGUUUGCCAUCAGGUUUGCCAUCAGGUUUGCCAUCAGGUUUGCCAUCAGGUUUGCCAUCAGGUUUGCCAUCAGGUUUGCCAUCAGGUUUGCCAUCAGGUUUGCCAUCAGGUUUGCCAUCAGGUUUGCCAUCAGGUUUGCCAUCAGGUUUGCCAUCAGGUUCGCGCAUCAGGUUCGCGCAUCAGGUUCGCCAUCAGGUUUACCAUCAGGUUCGCCAUCAGAUUUACCAUCAGGUUUACCAUCAGGUCCGGCAGGGGGAACAGCAGGGGGAGAGAAGCAAGACCCCAAACGCACCUCCUUUCUGCGGGAGGAAACCAGCAGCAGCACGCACUGA